GGCGGUGGUUAAAUCUGCGGCCAUUAGUCAGAAGGUUUAUUUGUUGUUGUCACCUGCUGUCACUGUCUGUCAUCCGUACGUUCCGCUGAUCGGUGUGUGGUCACUUUGUUCUGUAUUUAUAGCUGUUGUCGUCCGACACUUUAUCGAGCACUUUGUGUAUAAUUCGAUUAUACCGUCUUUACCUACCUUGUACAAACAAGUCUAGACACAUCCCAGGCAUACAGUGUCUGUCACACGAGCACAACGCCAUAACCUCAGUGGCACACAGUGUCUUUCUCGCACGCGUACACCGCCAUCACUUCACCAAUACAGCCCCUAAGCCUUUAUGAAAAGAUGGAGCAAGUGGGGAUCAUCGUACAAGAAGCACCUCGGCCGUGCCCCUGGGUUGUCCCUUCAAAUCCUGCAAGCCAGUGUUCUCUGUCAGAUGUCAUGAGUGAGGAGCUAGCCCGUGAGCUGCAGCUGGAAGAAGAAACUCAUUCCUUUCCACAGGACUUACUAGUUGACAAUGGACCCCUCUUAACUGGUGAUAACAUUGACACAUCAAGUGAUGAGGUUUUGGCACAGAUGUUACAAACCCAGUUUGACAAAGAAUAUGAUGCACAGCUUCUCAGAGAAGAGAAAAAGUUCAAUGGCAGCAGUAAAGUUUCCAUUUCCUUUGAAAAUUAUCGGAAAGUGCAGUACUGUGAUGAGAGUGACAGCUCAGAGGAUGAAGUGGAUUGGCAGGACACACGCCAUGAUCCAUACAAAGCAGAUAAACCUACUCCAGCACCUAAGAGGGGUUUUGUGGGGAAAGGGAAAGACAUUACAACCAAGCAUGAUGAGGUUGUUUGUGGCAGGAAAAAUACAGCUCGGAUGGAAAAUUUUGUACCAGAAUUUCAGGUUGGUGAUGGAAUUGGAAUGGACCUGAAGCUAUCAAACAAAGUUUUUAAUGCCCUAAAACAGCAUUCAAUCUCAGAACAACGCAAAAGUGCCAAACUGCAUGACAAGAAGGAAGUUUCCACUGCGGAGAAAGCACUGGAUCCAAAAACAAGACUACUUCUGUAUAAAAUGGUGAACUCUGGAGUACUGGAAACCAUUAAUGGUUGUGUGAGCACUGGGAAGGAGUCUGUUGUGUUUCAUGCAACUGGAGGAAGUAUGGAUGACCAGGAAGUACCUGCUGAGUGUGCCCUAAAAGUUUUUAAGACUACUUUGAAUGAAUUUAAGAACAGAGAUAAAUAUAUCAAGGAUGAUUACAGAUUCAAGAAUCGCUUUAGCAAGCUGAAUCCUCGAAAAAUAAUCCGUAUGUGGGCUGAAAAGGAGAAACACAAUCUGAAUAGAAUGCAGAAAGCUGGUAUUCCUUGUCCAGAAGUAGUCAUGUUGAAGAAACACGUAUUGGUGAUGUGUUUUAUUGGAAAAGAUCAAGUUCCUGCCCCUACUCUGAAGGAGGCAAAGCUAAGCAUGGAAGAGUUAAACACAGCAUAUUACCAAGUUCUCUCCAUGAUGAAGCAACUGUAUGAGCAGUGCAGACUUGUGCAUGCUGAUCUAAGUGAAUACAAUAUGCUGUGGCAUGAAGGAAAGGUCUGGCUUAUUGAUGUAAGCCAAUCCGUAGAGCCUACUCAUCCUCACGGACUGGAGUUUCUUUACAGAGAUAGCAGGAAUGUUUCCCAGUUUUUCCAAAAAGCAGGGGUAGCAGAUGUACUUAAUGAACGUGAUCUCUUCAAUGCGGUUUCUGGAUUAAACAUUACCUCCAGUAACCAAGUGGACUUCAUGGCUGAGAUUGAAGCUUUAGAGAAAAUAAAUGAAGAUCAUGUCCAGAUGAUCGGAAAGAAGAUUCCUGAAUAUGAGAAAGGUGAUGAUGGCCCUCCCAGGAUAUACGACGAAUAGCCCUGAUGGGGAUUUUUUCCCAGUUAACAAAUUAAGCAAAAGAAAAUAAAUUGCUGCUCUGCAGUGAUUCAUGUCUGCUGUCCAAUAUGAGUUGGAAGUGGAUCCAGAGAACCAGACACUCUAGAGAAUACUCCUGGUAUUCUAGCUAUGGUUUCUGACAUAUCAAGGUUUAGCCUGCAAAUAGACUAAGCUGUUAUGUGUAUCUAUCCAAAGACCUGCUGUUAACACAGCUUUACAGAUGGAUGUUAUCACUGUCUGUAUUUGCACCUGUGCUAGUUAUUCUAGUACUGAAGGGGUAAAGGUGAUCGCUGUAAAUAAUGAUCUCUUUACCUUGAGAAGCUUGUAAACAGCCAAGCUUUCCUUAUUGCAUCACAAAAGAAUUGUUGGUUUUACCUGUAAUUGUACCCUCAGCCUAAAUGACGACAUAUUCCACUAUAAAUUGAACGGGUUUUACAAAGAGUUUUUUGCAUACUGCAUGGAUUGUAAUCACUAAGUGUUUUUGCAAAUUCACAUAUAACCUAAAAGUGUGCAUUUCUGCAGAUAAACAGCUAAAGCUUCACUUUAGAAAACAAAAUAGAAAAGAUACUGAUUAGGCUUGAUAGCAUUUUUCACUAGCUUGUAGUGUAGAUUUUCAAUCCUACUGCACAUCAUGUUUAACUUUUAAUAUACCAAUUGAUGUAGUUAAUUUGUGAAAUUGAUCUACUUAAACACCUCAUGGAUAUAACAUUUUGAAUUUUGUUUUAAUCGGUUUCCACAUGGAGUGAGUCUGACAUUACUGUACUGUUCUUCUCUAUCACUAACCAUGAUAAACAAUGUGUUAAUAUGUAAUCCGUGCUUAAUAGCUAUGAUGUUUUUAAAAUAUAAAUUAAUACUUCCUCUGAGUUCAUCAAAUACUAUAAGAAUUGGUAUUCUAAGGCAAUAUCUAGUUUGUUUUCCAUUUAGUGAUGUAAAACUAAAGCAUGAAAAAUAAACAUUUCUAUUUAAAAACAA